GCACUUUCAGAUGAAACGAUAAAAAUUGUGCAUGCAAAUUCUCCAUUAGUGCUAAAAUGAGGAAUCUCUCUGGAUUUUUAUUGUUGAAUAAGUGAAUCUUAUCUUGCCUUGUUUUCAGAGAGAGGGCCUUGUAGAAAGUUUGCGCAAUCAUGCUUUGAGAAUUUCAAUCAAUACGUACAUUUUGAAAGAUAAUGACAUAAAAAUUAAUUUUAAUAAAAAUCUAAAUUAUUGAAUUUGUUUUUUCAGUGUCUCCAAGGAUGUUCCUGUGCAUGCCAAGGAAGCAUCAGCCUCUGUAACAGAUGCAGCUUCCAUGUCAAAAGUGGAAGUGAAGAAGGAGGAUACCUUCAUUCAGCCUUCCUCCCACUCCUCCCAGUCGUCAGUUAAACCCAAAACAUUGAAAAAUUUGAAUAGUGUCUCCAAGGAUGUUCCCGUGCAUGGCAAGGAAGCAUCAACCUCUGUACCAGAUGCAGCUUCCAAGUCAAAAGUGGAAGUGAAGAAGGGGGAUCCCUUCAUUCAGCCUUCCUCCCACUCCUCCCAGUCGUCAGUUAAACCCAAAAAAUUGAAAAAUUUGAAUAGUGUCUCCAAGGAUGUUCCUGUGCAUGGCAAGGAAGCAUCAACCUCUGUACCAGAUGCAGCUUCCAAGUCAAAAGUGGAAGUGAAGAAGGGGGAUCCCUUCAUUCAGCCUUCCUCCCACUCCUCCCAGUCGUCAGUUAAACCCAAAAAAUUGAAAAAUUUGAAUAGUGUCUCCAAGGAUGUUCCUGUGCAUGGCAAGGAAGCAUCAACUUCUGUACCAGAUGCAGCUUCCAAGUCAAAAGUGGAAGUGAAGAAGGGGGAUCCCUUCAUUCAGCCUUCCUCCCACUCCUCCCAGUCGUCAGUUAAACCCAAAAAAUUGAAAAAUUUGAAUAGUGUCUCCAAGGAUGUUCCUGUGCAUGGCAAGGAAGCAUCAACUUCUGUACCAGAUGCAGCUUCCAAGUCAAAAGUGGAAGUGAAGAAGGGGGAUCCCUUCAUUCAGCCUUCCUCCCACUCCUCCCAGUCGUCAGUUAAACCCAAAAAAUUGAAAAAUUUGAAAAGAAGAAAAGGUGACCGUAAAUUUUUACCUCGAAAAAAAAUGAAGGAGGGUGCACAAACUUCAUGGACUAUAACAGAAACCCAACCAAGUCUUUCUGAUAAUGAACAUUUGAACAAUGGUGAAAAAAUUGCUGUCUCUGAUUCAAGCAAAAACAGCUCUAUCUGUAAAACAGGAAACAUUAAAAGAACAAGAGUAUUUAGUGAUUCUGGAAGUGAUGAUGAAGAGCAAAUAUCUGUUCGUAGAACAGGAAACAUUAAUAAGAAGCUAUUCCUCAGUGAUUCUGAAAGUGAUAAUGAAGAGCAAAGAAAAGAAUCUUCACCGAAUGAUACUGAUACCCAUCACCACUCAGAAGAAUUUAAUGACACAACACCUCCAGAAACAUGGCAAAUGUCAGAUUUUACAGAGAAUACUGAUACACAUCAAGUAACGCCUAUUAGUGACGUAGAUGUUGGCAUCACAGAUACUUGGCAAAUUAAAGGUAAAGUCAUCAUGUUGACGAAUUUGACUGCAUAUGAAUCCCCUCAAAAGAAAGGAAAAUUUAUUAAAUUUGUCCUAAAGGAUCAAAGCGGAGACAUCCUUCUAACUGCCUUCAGUGAAAAAGCUUCAGAAAUUGCACAAAAAGUUAUUUUCAAUGAAACGUAUGAAAUCGAAAAUGGUAUCAUUAAAUUAGCAAAUGAAAAGUAUAGGCAAUAUAGCAAACAUAAAUGUGAGAUUACAUGCACUUCUAAAACUAGAAUUACAAAGAUUAAUUCUUCCGAAGUUCCUGUUGAAGAUAUAGUCAUUGAGUUCACAGAUUUUGAAACAGCGAGUAACCUACCAGAGUACAGUACAGUCAACAUACGAGGCAAAGUGAUUGAAGUUUUCGAACCAGAUAAAGUAUAUUCUACUAGACUGGAUAAAUCUUAUGAAAAGAAAUCUGUACUAGUGAAAGGAGAAUGCGGCAAUACAUUAUUUGUCGAUUUAUGGGGAUCUUCUAUGAAUGACAUCAAUGUAAAAGAUCUUAAUAGAAAUGUGAAAAUCAUAAAUGGCAAAAUUAAUUACUUUCAAAGUGUAGCAAGAGUGAGCACAACAGGCGGAUACAUCCAAUUAUUCAGAUGAGCGGCUGUUAAAAAUUUGGGCCUUCAGUUUCAUUUAAUUAAGUACGUGAAUUUUUUUUGCGACACUUACAUUCAAUUCAUUUUCCAUUAACUUCAUUUUCAUUUUUUCUUUUCUUUACUAAUAAUAAAAGUUUCAAUAAAGUCUUGAGAUAUGUAUGUCAUGAUGACAAACUGUAUGUUAGAAUUAAAUUUAUUUGAAAAAUUCAUAUCCGUUAAAAAUUCAAAACAGCAAAAGUUGCUUUAAU